AGAGGUUAGCUUAGCAUGAAAGAAUCACUAUCGCAUUUGCCAAAACCUCUUAUUAUAUUUUUGGUUGUCGCAUUAUAUUGGAUUAUUUCUAUAUCUUUAGUUUUUAUUAACAAAUAUCUACUAAGUGAUGAAAUUUUUCAGCUAAAAACUCCACUUAUGAUAACGUGGUUUCAAUGUGUGAUAAGUUUACUCUUAUGUGUUAGUAUUAAUUUAUUAUCCAAAUUUGUUGGAAUAAUAAAUGUACCAGCUUGUCCAAUUAAUUAUAAAAUAUGUGAAGAGUCUUUUCCAUUAGCAAUAAUCUUUGUAGGAAUGAUAAUUUUCAAUAAUUUGUGUUUAAAACAUGUUGGUAUAUCUUUUUAUUAUAUUGGAAGAUCAUUGACUACAGUUUUUAAUGUGAUAUUUGUUUAUUUUAUACUAAGACAAAGAACAUCCCUUAGAGUAAUUAUGUGUUGUGUAAUUAUUAUAGCUGGAUUUUUAUUGGGAGUUGAUCAAGAAAAUGUAACAGGUACUUUUUCGUAUCUCGGUGGCUUAUACGGGAUAUUGGCAAGUGCUUGCGUCGCCUUAUAUUCCAUUUAUCUCAAGAAGCUGCUACCUAUCGUCGAUGAAAGUGUGUGGAGACUGACCUUUUACAACAAUUUCAACGCCUGCUUCGUGUUUAUUCCCAUACUCAUUUGGAACGGGGAAUUCGGACGUUUCCUUUCGGCGCCGUUCCUUAGCGACCCCAAACUAUGGGGACUUAUAGGGUGUAGCGGACUUUUCGGGUUCGCCAUAGGGUAUGUAACCGGACUACAAAUACAGGUAACAUCCCCGCUAACUCACAAUAUCAGCGGAACCGCCAAGGCGGCUUUCCAGACCUUAUUGGGCGUUUUGUAUUACCACGAGAUCAAAUCCUUAACCUGGUGGUUGAGCAACGUUAUCGUGUUAGGUGGGAGUAUGGCUUACACUCAUAUAAGGCACUCGGAAAUGUCAGCUUCUAAAGUUAAGAACACGUCUAUGAAUAACGGAAGUAAAUCUGCCAAAAUUGCUAUAUCCAUGGACGAUUCCGAUAAGCAAGCACUGUUGCCUAGUAAACCUUGACCAAAAUUUUUUUUAAAAAAUAUUUAUCCUUAUUUCGUUAUUUUAUAUAUUUGUUUUGAUUUAACCAUUCAUUUACGGACAAAAUCGCGCCUUUUUGAUUGCUUCUAAGGAGUGGGACAUUUAUAGCUCAAUUUUCAUUACCUUUCUUUUAAAAAAAAAUGGAUUUUUAAUUAUACUCACAACAAUUAUGUUUGAAUCCUUUAUAAAAAUUUAUAAUAUUUUAUUUUAAUAAUCUUGACUUAAUUAGGGAAUUCUUUUUUUGCUUUAAAA